AUGGAUGGGAUGCACCUCUACCAUCUGACGCUGCAGCCAUCAGGCAGCGUCACAGCGACUGUGGUGGGACAAUUCUCCGGCACAAGGCAGCAAGAGAUCGUGGUUGCAAAGGGAAGUCGUCUAGAGCUUCUCAGACCUGACACACAGACCGGCAAGGUCGACUUCGUCCUCUCCCAUGAUGCAUUCGGCGUUGUCCGAAGCCUGGCCGCCUUCCGCCUCACCGGCGGCUCUAAAGACUACCUCAUUGUCGGCUCCGAUUCGGGCAGGAUCGUCAUUCUCGAGUUUCAGCCGAGUACGAAUUCGUUCGACAAGGUCCAUCAAGAGACGUUCGGUCGCUCUGGGUCUCGCAGGAUUGUUCCUGGACAGUAUCUCGCUACCGAUCCGAAGGGUCGCGCAACCAUGAUCGGUGCCAUGGAGAAAGCCAAGCUCGUCUACAUUCUCAACAGGGAUGCGCAAGCGAAUCUGACCAUCUCAAGUCCACUUGAGGCGCAUCGACCCAACGGCAUCAUUCAUCACAUUGUCGGCGUAGACGUCGGAUUCGAGAACCCUCUGUUCGCUUGUCUCGAAGUGGACUAUUCGGAUGCGGACCACGACCCAACAGGACGUGCAUUCGCCGAGGCUGAAAAGACGCUUACAUACUACGAGCUCGACCUGGGCCUCAACCACGUCGUGCGCAAAUGGUCCGAGCCCGUCGAUCCGCGGUCAAACCUGCUCAUCCAGGUGCCAGGCGGCUACAACCAGAAUCAGGAGAAAUGGGACGGACCCAGCGGUGUGCUAGUCUGCAGCGAGGACUACAUCACUUACAAGCACCAGGACCAACCAGAGCACCGCGUACCAAUACCGAAACGACUCAAUCCGAUCGAGAAGACAUCCGAGAGGCGCGGCACCUUAGUCGUCGCAAGCGUACUGCACAAGAUGAAGAACGCCUUCUUCUUCCUCGUCCAGACCGAAGACGGCGACCUCUUCAAGAUCACAAUGGAGCACCAAGACGACGAGAUCCGUUCGCUCAAGAUCAAAUACUUUGACACGGUCCCCGUCGCGUCAGGUCUCGCCAUCUUGCGGUCAGGCUUCUUGUUCGUUGCAUCGGAGUUUGGCUCGCAGCUGCUGUACUCCUUCCAAAAGCUCGGUGAUGAUGAUGACUUGCCGGAAUAUAUGUCGACCGACUACGACGAGAAUGCAGCAGGUCGAAGACGGCCACAAUUACCGACAUUCACGCCGAGACCACUUGACAACCUCGUGCAGGUCGAUGAGCUGCCAAGCCUUGACCCCAUUCUGGACGCCAAGCCGCUCAAUCCGCAAGCAUCAGACUCGCCACAGAUCUUUGCUGCCUGCGGACGUGGAGCGAGAAGCAGCUUCAAGAUGCUACGUCACGGACUCGAGGCUCAGGAGGCGGUCAGCUCGGACCUGCCCGGCGUUCCCAGCGCUGUAUGGACCACCAAGAUCACACGGCAAGACGAGUAUGACAGCUACAUCAUUCUCAGCUUCGUCAACGGCACGCUGGUGCUGAGCAUCGGCGAGACGAUCGAGGAGGUCUCGGACAGCGGCUUCUUGACCUCUUCUCCAACAUUAGCAGUGCAGCAGCUCGACGAAGAUGCUUUGCUGCAGGUUCACCCUCAUGGUAUCCGCCACAUCCUGGUGGACAAGCAGAUCAACGAAUGGGCAACCCCCAGCCUUCCGAACGGACGGCAGACGACGAUCGUGGCGACGUGUACCAACGAGCGCCAGGUGGUGGUUGCGCUCAGCAGCAACGAGCUGGUCUACUUUGAGCUCGACAUGGACGGACAGCUCAACGAGUAUCAAGAGCGAAAGGCCAUGGGCGCGAGUGUGCUCACCAUGAGCAUGGCCGAUUGUCCUGAAGGCCGUCAGCGCACACCUUACCUUGCAGUGGGAUGUGACGACUCCACCGUGCGCAUCGUCUCGCUGGAGCCAGACUCGACCUUGUCAUCGAUCUCGAUCCAGGCACUCACGGCUCGAGCGUCGAGCAUCUGCAUGGCGGAGAUGCAGGAUGCCACCAUCGACCGCAAUCACGCAACGACCUUUGUCAACAUCGGACUUCAGAACGGCGUGCUCCUUCGCACCGUCCUCGAUGCGGUGACCGGUCAGCUGACAGACACAAGGACGCGCUUCCUGGGCAGCAAAGCUGUGCGUCUGAUGAGGACCAGGGUGCAUGGGCAGACGGCCGUAAUGGCACUGAGCACCCGCACUUGGCUCUCCUACACAUACCAGGACCGUUUGCAAUUCGUGCCCCUGAUCUUUGACGCUUUGGACCAUGCGUGGUCCUUCAGCGCAGAGCUGUGCCCCGAGGGUCUCAUCGGUAUUGUCGGAAGCACGCUUCGCAUCUUUACCAUCCCUUCGCUCGCCAGCAAGCUCAAGCAAGAUUCGGUGGCACUCUCGUAUACACCGCGCAAGAUGGUGAGUCAUCCGAACGAGCAAGGCUUGUUCUACGUCGUCGAAGCUGAGCACCGAACGCUUUCCCCGGGCGCGCAACGCAGACGGACCGAACUGUUGGAAAAGGAGCUCAAGCCCCUUCAGCGAGGUGUACUGGACCUCGAUCCGGCAGAGUUUGGUCUCAUUCGUGCAGAACCAGGCAGUUGGGCGAGCUGCAUCCGCGUUGUUGACGGCGUGCAGGCGCAGACACUGCACAAGCUCGAGCUGGACGACAAUGAGGCAGCGUUCAGCCUCGCCAUUGUACCAUUUGCCAGCGCGGAAAAGGAAGGGAUGCUCGUCGUCGGCUCAGCGGUCGACGUCGUCAUGUCUCCCCGCUCGUUCAAGAAGGCGUACCUCACGACGUACCGCCUCAUCAACGACGGUCGCGAGUUGGAAGUGCUGCACAAAACCGAGGUGGACGACAUCCCGCUGGUGCUGCGUCCUUUCCAAGGUCGUCUGCUCGCAGGCGUUGGCAAAGCACUGCGCAUCUACGAUCUGGGCAAGAAGAAGCUCCUCCGCAAGUGCGAGAACAAAUCCUUCCCGACCGCCGUUAUCUCGCUCGACGCGCAAGGCUCGCGUAUCGUCGUGGGCGAUCAGCAGGAGAGCAUCUUCUUUGCCAGCUACAAGCCGCUCGAGAACCGUCUGGUCGUGUUCGCCGACGAUGUGAUGCCCAAGUUCGUUACUCGGUGCACGAUGCUCGACUACGACACGGUUGCGGCCGCGGACAAGUUUGGUAAUCUCUACGUACUCCGCAUCGACGCAGACACGAGCCGAAGUGUGGACGAGGAUCCGACGGGCAUGACGAUUGUGCACGAGAAGCCCGUCCUCAUGGGAGCGCCUCACAAAGCUUCGCUGAUCGCACACUACUUUGUCGGUGACAUUGUCACCUCGCUCAACAGGACGGUGAUGGUGCCCGGUGGUCGAGAGGUGCUGCUCUACACCGGCAUUUCCGGUACCAUCGGCGCUCUCGUUCCUUUUGUCAGCAAGGAAGAUGUCGAUACCAUGUCGACGCUUCAAUCGCAUCUCAGGCAGGAGAACAGCAGUCUGGUUGGACGAGACCAUCUUGCGUACCGAAGCAGCUAUGCGCCCGUCAAGAGCGUUAUCGAUGGCGACCUGUGCGAGACGUUUGGGCUGCUUCCGCCCGCGAAGCAGAAUGCGAUUGCGCAGGAGCUCGAUAGGAAGCCGAGCGAGAUCAACAAGAAGCUGGCUCAGCUCAGGGAGGGUGCGACUGGGUUCUAG